GUUGGAGAGCCCCUCAGCAGUAAGAGCACUGCCUGGAGCCCUGAGCUGUCCUGCUCUUAACUAGCCCUAAUGCUAGCACUAUAACCGCGUUGUUUUUAGUUAGCUGUGGGUGAGUGAGACCCGGGUCGUCCGCCAUUCCGCUAGUGCUGAUCGCUGGAGGCCUGCUGUGGGGCGUUGUAGUUAGCCGGCCGGCGAUAAGGGAGGAGUGGACCUGAGUGGCGUGCGGCGCUGGACUUGCCUCUGCUCUCGGACUGUUGUGACUCCUCACACAGAAAUAGCGCAGCAGCGUGUCCAUUUCCACAGCGGCCCCCUGCAGAGCCGUGCGAGUGCGCUCGCUAACCUGCUAGCCUGUUCCAGCUCCACGCACAGCAGCUGCCUCAGGCCCAUCUAUCUCUCAAACUGGCCAACCGAUGAGAAGAGCCUUGCUCCUGGUAACCCUGGGAAACUAACUCGGAAUACCCUUCAGCGCUCCCAUUCCAAAAUGGAACUCUGCAGCAGAGUAAAAAGGGAAGUGGUGACCUCACCAGCCUGACCAGAGAGCACACACACCUUCUCCACCCCUUCCCUCUCCACUGGACUACGUGUGUGUGUGUGUGUGUGUGUGUGUGUGUGACGAGACAGGACGUCACCAUGAGCCUCCUGGACAAGCGGAGUGUGUGUCUGCGUGUCACACGCCACCACCGGCGCCUGAGCAGCUCCUGCGAGAGCCUGAUGGACGAGGCGGACCGUGAGGUCAGCACGCUGACCGACCGCGCCUUCCGCUCGCUCUGCAUCGGCGACGAGGCCGUCUACAGCGACGAGUUCACCGGACUCUCCCCGCUGACUGGCGGCUGCCUGCUGAAGCCGCUGACCGACGAGAACGCUUGGAAGGUUCCGGAAAACAGCCCAGGCGUCGCUGCCAAGAAGCACGGCAGCUUGAACGGCGCCACCACCACUGCUGCCUGGCAACACAAUAACGUGUCGUCUCUCCUGUCCGCCUUCACCAAGAACGGCGACGCCACCAAAACGCCCAACGGAAUGCUGGGUGGGAAUGGCACGGAGUCCUGGGAUAAGUCAGCGCUGAUCAGCAUCCAGAGGGAGCUGGCGGAGUUCGCCGACCCCAGGAAGCACGGCGAACCCUCCAAUACAAAGAAGGCGGGCAGGGACGGCAGCUGCGCCCCGUCUGGGAAGUCCUUCAAGUCCAGAAACAGCAGGUCCAGCAAGCUAAAGAAGCUGAACUCGCGAAACUUCUUCCUGCACAGCGAGUUCAGCCCGUUUCAGGCCUGGAAGGACCUCAACCAGUUCCCGUUCGGUCAGGAGCACAUCUCCGACCUGCUGCCCUCCGACAGCUUCCCCCGCUGGUGCGACUCCAGCUUUUACAGACAGCUUACAGCAGCACACACACGCGACCCACCAGCACACACACAGGAGCCCACACACAGAUCAGAAGCUGGACGGGCCCUCGAGGCAGGGCAGGGGACAGAGAAACACACACUGUCACAGAAAACAGAAACAGCACAGAGUUCACAACGCACCCAGAGACACAGCACAGCACAGGGGACUGAGCAUGUGCAAAACGCAGAGCGAGGACAGAAAAUAGAAAAUGCACAAAAAGCAAACACUGCACAGAGAACUGACACGGUGCAGAACAGAACUGACACGGUGCAGAACAGAACUGACACGGUGCAGAUCAGAACUGACGCAGUGCAGAACAGAACGGAAAUAGUGGAGACUGUCCAGGGUGCAGACAGCACUCAGAGGGCAGAAGGGUCAAAGGGAGCAGAGAGACUGCAGGGGGUGGACGGCCUGAGGCCACUGGGGGGCAGCGCUGAGCAGCUGUCCAGGCCUGGAGAGGCGCAGACUCCCUCUGUGGCGCAGACUCCCUCGGUCCUGGAGCAGAGGCGCUCAACAGACAGCGUGGAGUGUAGUGCCCCCUGGCGGCGGAACAGGGGUAGGGCGCAUAGCGCGGCUCCGCCUGGCCCAGUGGAGAAGAGCUCUCCUGCUGUGGAGAGCAGGCCGCCCACGAGCGCCGAGCCGUCCAGGAAACAGGAAGUGAGGCGUAUGGAGGAGCUGAGCUCGGCCAGCUCCACGCCGUUCAACAUCACGCACCUUCUCACGCCCAUCCUCCCCUGUCGCCAGGAUACGGAGAGCCUGGACCCCGCCCUCUUCUCGCCCGCCACCCUCGACAUCCUCAAGGCAACCAGGCAACCCAUGUCACCUAAGGCCCCGCCACCUAAGGCGCGGGAGAGCUACAGGUCCAUCGCCUCCAGCCUGCUCUUCAACCUCAAGGACAACAGGAAGAGGGUCAAGGCCCGAUACAGCCCACCCCGGUUCAGGCCCACCGACCCCGUUGACCCCAGCAAGCUGUGGAAGGACCUCUCGGACGCGGAGACGGGCACGCCAGUGCUCGUGGUGACAGACGGCACGGCCUCAGUGAUGAGCCCGGUGCUGGAGUCCACCAGCGCUUUGGCUUUGCCAGGGAACCAGCAGGCGGAAAGCUGGUCCGAGGGUGCGAUGCGGGGCAGGGGAGAGCUGGCGGGAGAGGGCGCUUGGGGGAGAGACCAGCUGUCCGUCCCCUGGCGGGCAGCGCUCAGGGAGGCUCCCCGCACUCGGGGGCUCAGAGCAGAAGCCCUGGAUACCCGAGUCUGA